ACCAUGUUUAAGAUGCACGUUCACUUUUAAUAUAUAAAAACAACCCCAACUUCCAGGCAGUGCCACAGGGUAAGACAGAGAAAAGUACCUCUGUGUUAGAUUAUCACCGAUUUGCACAACAAGACUUUCUGCUGACAUCUUCCUCCUGCAGGUGAUAGAUCUCUCAUAAGCAUGAGGCUGUUUGAUCACAUGGGCUUAGGAUUCCUUCUGGGGAUCAUCCUUCCAUUCUGCUCACAAGUAAGAGUGACAGCUGAUUUGACGACAAUUGUAUAUCCUUCAGUUCCCACUUCUCAGCCUCCAACAUCAAAUUCCAGUCUUACAACACUGGAUUCACGGGAGACAGCCACUUACACAACACAGACUUCCACUUCCGAAUCUACUGCCGGUGUUAGAUCCGAACGACUAACAGAGACACCCACCUCUACGGCCCUAGAAUUCUCUUCAACACUUCCAACAGAGGGGCUGCCUUCUAGUACAGAUUCUGAACUCUCAACUCUUGGGGUGGAUCCAACUAAAACCAAACCCUGUGAAGAAAAUUACAAACAACAAAUGCUGAUUUGCCUGAUCAUAAUUGGGGUGCUUAUUUUCAUUUGUGUGGUCCUGCUCUUGGUCAUCGUUGUUUUGGCAGGCAAACUGACCUACGACAAGAGAAAACAGCUUAACAAGCGUUUUCCGAGGAGUAAUGGUGAUUUUCUAAGUACCAACAGCUUAUGGCCCAUUGGAUUAGAGACACUACAGAGGGUGUCCACCGAGAGCCCAAAGCCCCGAGGCCUAAGCCUGGAGAGACCAGUAGAAGGGCAAGGACAAAACGGGGAUGACGUCAACAAGAAGCUGGUUAGUGAAUUAGCAGAUCGACAGAAGCAGAAGGAGAUAUUGGCAAACACACACAAAACCAUCAUUACCACUGUUGAAAUUUAAGCCUCGCUUGGGACUUCUUAUUUGGGAGAGAAGGAAAUCUGCGGGCAGAUAUACUGGUUCCUGGGUGCUGGUAAUUUUUCAGGUAUUAUACAUAGUAAGAGAGCAUCAUCUCAGUCCUGUGAACUUCUCCAGGAUGAGGAUGGUUUCAUUUCAAGCAAAGACUGACAUGCAGGAAGAGAGCAGACAUGGCUACAGCUGGGGAAAGCAGAGCAAAUGGUUCCCACCUCUAUUUACACUUAAUCAGAAGUAGGGCUGAAAAGAUGAGACUGGCUUUACAAAUACAAUCUUAAAUAUGCAAUGUCCUCAGAUGUUUGUUCUUCCUCCGUUACUAAUGAAAGCUGGACCUCAGAUAUGCUGUGAGCAUAUCUAUCCACCACUGUUCACCCCAUCUUAGCAGCAUGGACACCAAUCAGACUAAAAGACAAAAUGCCUCCCUUACCUGUUCUUGCAUGAAAUUUUGGGAGGCGGAGUAAGCCUCUGUGUUGCUUAUCAGAGCCCUGCAGGGUCACUGGGUCCUUUCCUGGCCAGCUUCUCCAAAACCUUUGUGGGAGGACAUGAUUUCAACUCCUUAUGAUCUCUGUCUGUUGAACUGAACGCAUAAGUUCCAAGGAAGGAAGGAAACCAUUUCCAAAUCAAUCUUGCCUUCUCCUUUGUACUGUCUGUUGCUUAGGCAGAAACUUGAGCAGGACCAGUAAAAAUACACAAUGGUUGCCUUGACACGGGCCAACGGAAGAAUUGAUUUGCAUAUACAUAAUAAACUAAUUUUAGAUUA